GGUAGCUGGCUGGGAUUAGGUGAGGUAAGCAAAAUCCAUAAAUAACUUUCCAUUUCCUGCCCAAGUUGAGUACUGUGGGGAAGGCCACCACAAAAGGAGAAGAGUGAAGAAUAACACAGCAAUGUGCAAUGAAUGAACGAAUGAGGCGAUUGGCGGGACUAAUAGCAGGACAGCUGAGGAGAGAGCAAUAAAUGGAAAGAAAGCAUCUCAACCAUCAUCAAAGGAGUUGAUGAUGGUGGAUGAUGAUAUUUUGAUAAGAACAGAACAGUGUAAUAAGCGACAAACACAAGGCCGAAAGAUAGAAAACUUCCCAGCUCAUUUUCAUUCUAAAAACUGAAGCUUUUCUUACUGCUAUUUUUGCAUCACAUACACAGGUACAGUGGACCAGACAUCACAUAACUGUUACUGUUCAUCGGCAUUACAACUACUUUCAUUAAAUGCCCUCUCUCUCUCUUUCGGUCGUCCAGCAGCCCUUCUUCAGUUCAUCAUCUUCACCGAGUUUGGCUUUCUCUCCCAUUACCCUUUUCCUCUCUUGCUGCUGCUGCUGCUCUGUUUUCUAAGUCCUCUGUUUUACCUUGCAUGUGUUCAGGUUUGGCUAUGCUCUGUUUCUAAGUGCUCUGUUUUACCUUGCUUGUGUUCAGGUUUUUUUGCUACGAGUGCUCUGUUUUUCUUUUCCAUUUCCUUGCUUUUACCCCCUUUAAUUAGGCCUGAGAAAUGGCCACUCACACUCUUUUGGCCUGUACGGAUACUAUGGUUCACACAGAAGAACAAAAAUGAAAAAAAAAAAAUUUUCCAUGAUCUUCUGGUUGGGCCCUUGAAACCUGCCAUUUUUUCUCCUGUGUACUUAAGGGUUUGUUCUGUUAUUGUAUGGAGAAAGUAUUGGCAGUUGUAUAUCAAUGUUAGUAGCCUUCUUCUCUCUUCUGGUUGGCUUGGCCAUGAUUUAAUCCCAUCAUUUUCAUUGUUGUCAUAAACUUGGGUUAGUCAAAUUUCAUUGGUUUCCCCUCCCCAUUGUGUUUGACCUCUUCACAGAAUUCAAUUCCCACGGCACCAUCAGGUUGAGACCUUUCUCUUCCUGUUUUUGGGAUAAAAAAAUUUACAGUAUUUCCAGGUUUCCAAAACUUCACCUUUCUUUGCUUUUCUUAACCAUAAUCUGCUUACCUCAACCCAGAAAGGCAAGUUCUUUUACUACCCAGUAAGUAAAGUUUGCAUUUUCUUCUCUGCAACUGCAUGCUUUUCUUCUCCGUUACCCUUUUUCCACAUUCGACAUUGUUUUCACAUGGUGGGCAAUCACUCAGUGCUAAAGUCGUGGUGUUGAUGGCUAGUUUCGCAUUUGACCGCCAACUCUGUAGAAUUUAACAAACGGUGAUGGCUAUUUAUUAGAGUCUGAAGAAAGCUCCUCGUCAUUCUGUGAAAUUCACUCUCCUACGUGGUUGGGUUUUCAGUGCAGAGAGGGGCCUUGGUGUAGAAAUAAAUGAUGAAGGUUUUUGCAGCUGCGGUGGAGGAAGGCAAAGCAGGGGAAAACGGGAAACCAUCAGUUGGUCCUGUUUACCGUAAUCUGCUGUCUAAGAAUGAAUUCCCUCCUCCGGAUCCCGACAUCUCCACUGCUUGGGAUCUUUUCAGUGUGUCAGUCAAGAAAUACCCUGACAAUAGAAUGCUAGGAUGGCGAGAAUUCGUUAAUGGAAAGUAUGGGGGUUAUGUGUGGAAGACUUAUAAGCAAGUGAAUGAGGAAGUUUUGCGUAUUGGUUCUGCAUUGAGAGCAUCUGGGGCUGAACCGGGCUGCCGGAUUGGUGUUUAUGGCGCAAACUGCCCCGAAUGGACUGUCGCAAUGGAGGCUUGUGCUGCUCACAGUUUGGUCUGUGUACCUCUCUAUGAUACUCUUGGUCCCAACGCUGUCAACUUUAUAAUAGACCAUGCAGAGGUGGAUUUCGUUUUCGUGCAAGACAAGAAAGUGAAAGAACUGCUGAACCCUAGUUGCAAUGCUGCUGGACGUCUUAAAGCAGUCAUUUGCUUCACUUCCCUAGCGAAUGAGGUCAAGGAUCGAGCAGCUGAACUUGGGAUGAAAGCCUACUCCUGGCAGGAGUUUCUAGUAAUGGGGGAAGAGAAUCAGACGGAGAUAGUACCACCACAGCCAUUCAACAUUUGUACGAUUAUGUACACCAGUGGUACGAGUGGAGAUCCGAAAGGUGUUGUGCUGACACAUGAAAUAGUUGCAAGCUUCGUAAGGGGUAUGGAUUUGUUCAUGGGACAGUUUGAAGACAAGAUGACUGUUGAUGAUGUGUACUUAUCGUUCCUACCGCUUGCACAUAUCCUGGACCGAGUGAUCGAGGAGUACUUCUUCAGCAAAGGUGCUUCAGUUGGAUACUACCAUGGGGAUUUAAAUGCGUUGAGAGACGAUUUGAUGGAGCUGAAGCCGACAUUUUUAGCUGGCGUGCCUCGAGUCUUCGAAAAGAUACAUGAAGGUAUAGUGAAAGCAUUAGACGAACUUAAUCCAAUCCGAAGGCGGGUUUUCGAUUUUCUCUACAAAUACAAGCUUGGCUGGAUGAACCUGGGUUACAAGCAGAAGAACUCCUCGCCAUUGGCUGAUCUAUUGGCCUUUAGAAAGGUGAAGGCAAAACUAGGAGGCAGGCUUCGUUUAAUCGUAUCAGGAGGAGCACCACUGAGCUCUGAAGUAGAAGAAUUCUUGCGGGUCACUUGCUGCGCCUUUGUACUCCAAGGAUAUGGAUUGACAGAAUGUUGUGGACCAGCAACACUAGGCUUCCCAGAUGAGAUGUGUAUGAUGGGAGCGGUGGGAGCUCCAGCAGUAUACACCGAGGUACGACUCGAGGAAGUACCCGACAUGGGCUACAACCCACUUGGGGAGCCGCCUUGUGGUGAGAUCUGCGUGAAAGGGAAAACAUUGUUUGCUGGUUACUACAAGAACCCUCAACUCACUACCGAAUCCAUUCAGGAUGGCUGGUUCCACACAGGUGACAUUGGGCAAAUACUUCCGAAUGGAGUGAUCAAAGUGAUUGACAGGAAGAAGAACCUAAUAAAGCUGUCACAAGGAGAGUACAUUGCUCUAGAGCAUUUGGAGAACGUGUUUGGGAUUACCCCCAUUGUCGACGAUAUAUGGGUAUAUGGAGACAGCUUUAAACCAACUCUAGUUGCAGUUGUUGUGCUGCACGAAGAGAAUACUAUGAAAUGGGCUAGUUCAAAUGGCUACAAGGGUUCGUUCCCUGAGAUUUGUUGUCUAGAACAGCUAAGGCAGCACGUUUUGCUGGAGCUCAAGUCGACUGGUGAGAGAAAUAAGCUGAGGGGGUUUGAGUACAUAAAGGGGGUGAUAUUGGAAUCUAAGCCAUUUGACAUUGAGAAAGACCUGGUCACUGCCACUCUCAAGAAGAAAAGAAACAAGCUGCUCAAGUAUUACCAGGCGGAAAUCGAUGGACUGUACCAGAAAUCGGGAGCAAAACGAGGGCAUUAAACAGUAGUCCAGACGAAGAAUGGUGGAUGAAGGUGUUUCUUGUAUUAUUUUUAAGUUAUUAUGAUUAAUAAAUCUAGUGAUCUUGAUGACUUUGUAUAGUAAGGGUUACUUCAAGUUCUAAUACGAUGGAAUAUAUGGUGAGUACCAUGAAUGCGAUGAAGGUAUAUUUGAUUAUGAGUAAUGACAUUUUAAUUACGACAUAUGCUUUGCUUAUGGAUGUGGUAUCCAUUUCUCCUGUAACUCUGUAAGCUACUGUUACUGGUUUCACUCUUAGUUAGGAAGGAGAGAGACGGUUGAGAAUGGUAAAUCGAACCCGGUUUGGGUACUAUUAUGUUUAUCAAUUGGCAUAACUAUUAGAGAUAUCAGUUGGUUGGUGGUUAAGUUUAGAAUUUUAUAAGGUUUUUCAAUAUUUUCUAUAAAUAUGUACUUUGGUCUUCAUUCAAAUCAAUAAAAAAAUUACUAAUGGACUCAAUAUUCACAUGUUUUGACCGGCCUAUUGAAAUACCGAAUUAUAUUCAAGUUAUGAUGAAACAUGAAUUUGAUAUUUUAUUUAUAGAACUUAUACCAGAAACUCAAUAUAAUAAUUAAUUCCACAAUGUGUUAAUACAAAGUGGAAUAAAAAUAAAAGGUCUACAAGAAAUUAGUGGGCAGCCUAUUUUAUUUAUUAUUCUCAUUUCCCUCAUCUUUCGACCACUACACUUAAAGUUGACUAACAAUUCUUCUAAAUUUCAUAAUUUUCAUAUGAAUAAUAUUAUGGUUAGUUUCUUUUUCCCCUAUCUUUCCAUAUUUUUCUUUACUUUCCUUCCUCAUGUCGUGCCAGCACUAGUGUAGCCAUAUUUUUUAUAACCGGUUAAGAUGAAUGGGUUGUGAUAUAUUGUGUGUGUCUGGUUUAGCUAAUUAUUUCAUUAAUAAAACAUAAAGAAAUAAAAAAUUGAAAAACAAAAAUGAGUCACUACAUUCUCUUUCACUCAUUUGUCCUUCUAGGUAAACCAAGACCAACACCUCUGUCGCAGCCAUCCACCACCAUCAUCGUUGUUGUCUAUGAUCAACCAUCACCACCAAAAUCAUGAACCCUUAGUCAGUCAAAAUCACCAUCGUCAUCAGCCUCGCAGUUGCCUUCUAGUCAUCGCCAACAUCCUAUCUACCGUGGCAAUCCACAAUCAGCAUUGCCGUUGUCGGCAAUCGGCCAUUACUGCUAAAUCCUGAAUCCCUUACAGUCAAUUUCAGCAUAGUCAUCAACCUAGUUGCCUCUGCCCUCGUUUAAACCGCCACCGAUCUAAUUUACCUAGAUCCCGACACCCUCGAAAUCACCAUCACUCUAAUUCGGGCUCAUCACCUCUCUAAUGUCGUCGAUUUAAUUUCCCCCAUCGAUUUCAAUAUGUCCAUGAGUACUCAAAUCACGAACCACCUUCAGACCGUCAUCAACCCCGCCCCGGCUGGCCGGUCAUUCCCAAUUUACCUACCGUGGCAAUUGACCACCAUCAUUGUCGUUGUUCAGCCAUCACCAGUUAGUCGAAAUAUCCAUCGUCACCAAUAGGAUGAUGAGAAGUAUAAAAUAAACAAUAAACA